GUUCUUUUUUUCUGUUAAACUACAUAAAUAAGCAUCUAGUAAAUAAAUAAGCCAGGGAGGAAUCAAUCGGAACUUAAGGGAGGUAGACCUACGGUUGGAACGUCGGGUUGCUUUUAGCGACGGACCGAUCUACUUCCGGAACCGAAUUGGCUAUUAGAAAAUUGUGCGCGUUUGGCGGAUUUCGGUCUCUUCCCAAACGUUUGAUCGUUUCGCAGCCGAGGGGGCCACAGACGCGAGGAGGUAGUAACGCCGCCACUGGACCAAGGUGCUUCGGGCUCCUCGAUGGCCACGUCCGUGGAUUUCAAAACUUAUGUAGAUCAAGCCUGUAGAGCUGCUGAGGAAUUUGUGAACAUUUACUAUGAGACAAUGGACAAAAGAAGGCGGGCACUUACCAGGCUGUAUCUAGACAAGGCCACUUUAAUUUGGAAUGGAAAUGUUGUUACCGGGCUGGAUUCUCUGAGUAAUUUUUUUGAGAUGUUGCCAUCCAGUGAAUUUCAAGUCAACAUGUUGGAUUGCCAGCCAGUUCAUGAGCAAGCUACCCAGUCCCAGACAACAGUUCUUGUUGUGACCAGUGGAACUGUGAAGUUUGAUGGAAACAAGCAACACUUCUUCAACCAAAACUUCCUGCUGACCGCUCAUUCCACUCCCACCAGUACAGUGUGGAAAAUUGCCAGUGAUUGCUUCCGUUUUCAAGACUGGGCUAGUUGUUAAAGGGAGCAAGAGUCCAUUCUUCUUUGUCCCAUUAGUUCCAGCAGCAGGAUUUGUGUGAAUUAACUCAUUUUUUUGUAAAAGCACUACAGACUAGUAUGUGUUUUAGUUUUGUUUUUAUUAUUCUUAGCAGCACCUUUUCUAUCUGGUGCAAGUUUGAAUUAUUGCCCUUAAGAGCUUUAAUGCUAUUUUUACAUGCCUUAUAUACAUUCCAGUGAUGACAUUCUUAAAGUAAUAUUAAACACAUGAUCUUGGUACUAACAUAGUCACUGUGAACCCAGCCUAUCGCAAAAAUGGAAUUCUUUUAUAAUAUCAUCUAUGGAAUAUCAGCACAAUGUAACUCUUUGGGAGGAAAUGCAGCUUGUUUGGGUUACUAGGUAAAUUUUGUAGUAAAACACAUGGCUGUUUUCAGUUAACACUAGUGAUGCGGUUUUAAUAUAUAACUUUCCAAAUCAGUUCAGUCUGCACAGCUACUCUGUUCUAUUAGAAUUGCAUGUAAAAUUGUUUGCUAGUCUUUUAUCUGAUAAUUUGUUUACAUUGGUAUAUUUUGUUAUGAAGUGAAUUAACCAAAUAGGCACAAAAUGUUCUCAGUUGACACCUGAGUAUCAGGUACAUUUGGUGGCUUAACAGUAAAACUUCUUUAAAAGAUUUUUCUUGGCAGCUGUAGGUCUAUAAAUGCAGGUGAUGAAUAGUAGUAGAACUAAUAGCUUUACUGGGAGAAUGAGGAAUGAGAAAUGCGGAAAACCAUGUUUGAAGCCAAAAGUAGGCGGGAGUAGCAAAAUGAUAAAAUUUUGGGUACUUGUUUUCUACCUCCUAAAAAUGUACCCUGUUUUCAGGAUUUAAAUCCCUGAGUUAAUAAGUAUUUUUGCCAAAUGAUCAUAUCACUUUUAGUCUAAGAAUGCUUUUUUACCGUCUUCCCACUCCGCCUCAUAUGUUGUGUGUGCAUAUAUAUGUGUCAGUUUAUUUUUAAAAAUUCUGAGGAGUAAAAUACCAGCAAUAAAUCUAACCUGGUAGCAGGAAAGUUGGAAAUAAAGCCAUUGCUCUCUCUCUGUGCCAUUAUUAACUUCUAUAUCUUCCAUGCGAACUUUGGCCUCAAGUCUCCUAUAUAUCACCCACUCCCAAAAUGACUGAUUUUAUGCCAGUGUUUUAUACUGCCGACUGCAUUAUCUUUUCUGUAAUUAUUUAAAAUUUCAGUAUUUGAUUUUACGACUUGUUUUUCCACAUGGCAGUGGGCAAAUAGAUCUGUUUUAAGACAUGUUUGUUAUGUGGCUAACUUAUCUUUUUAAAGAGAAAAUAGAGAAAAGAAGGUCAUCAUAGUAAAUUUCAAAAGACCAAGUUGAUUCAUUUACUUUUCAGCCUGUAAAGAAGCUGUAACUUUGGUUUUUGGUUAAAAUUUAAGUAUCUUUUCCAAUUUUUCAUGUUUUUAAAGCCAGAGGUGCCCUUUGUUUUAUACAUUACAACUAAAGUUAAUGUUUCUAGGCACUUAAUUUUAAACCCAAUAGUUCAUCUACUCUUGGCCAAAAAUAUGUGCUAUAUUUCUAAUAUAUCCACAAAAUAGAAUUUAAAAGUAUAAGGGAGUGGAGCUGAAAUUUAGAGCACACCUUCGUGUAGGACUUAUCAAAACUUGUAUAUUAUAGUCUAGUCAAAGUGAGCUUCUGGUUACUUUGGGGUUUUUGUAAACCACAGCUUUAGUAGCAACAAUCAGAAUGUCCAGAUACUACCCUAUCUCUAAUGGAGAGCAGUCUCAAGUAAAAGCUACAUAUAACUAGCAAUAACUGAACUCGUGGUUAUGUGUUAUUCAUGAAGUGUUUUAAGACAUAUGUGUGAACUGCUUUUUCCAAACUCUGUAUAAACUUUUAAAUGGCUGGAAUGACUCUUUAUGGGCUAGACUGUAUUUUUGACAUGUUCAUAUUUUUCUAACUUGGAAAAAAUAAAAUUUGGUU